ACAGCGAUGGCUUCCAUGGGGCUGCAGAUGGCCGGCUGCGCCAUUGCCCUUUUCGGUUGGAUCGGGGUGCUGAUUGUUUGUGCCAUUCCCAUGUGGAGGGUGACGGCCUUCAUCGGGAACAACAUCGUGACGUCGCAGGUCAUCUGGGAGGGCAUCUGGAUGAGCUGCGUGGUGCAGAGCACGGGCCAGAUGCAGUGCAAGGUGUACGACUCCAUGCUGGCCCUGAGCACAGACCUCCAGGGGGCUCGAGCUCUGGUGGUGGUGUCCAUCAUCACCGGCAUCGUAGGACUCCUCAUUGCUUUUGUUGGAGGGAAGUGCACCAACUUCAUCCCAGAGGAGAGCGCCAAGGCGAAGGCCUCGGUGGCAGCAGGUGCGAUCCUGAUCGUCAGCGGGAUCCUCUGCCUGGUUCCUGUUUCCUGGACCGCCAGCAUCAUCAUCAAGGACUUCUACAGCCCUCUGGUCAUAGACGCUCAGAAACGAGAGAUUGGAGGCUCCCUUUACAUCGGCUGGGGCGCUGCGGCGUUACUGAUCAUAGGAGGGGGGCUCCUGUGCUCCAGCUGCCCCCCCAAGGAGGAGAACGCCCCCUCUGUGAAGUACCUCUUAAACAAGGCUGAAGGAAAAGGCAAAGAAGAGUCGUAUCUGUCUGACACGCCGACAAAGACCUACAUCUGAGGCGUGAAGACAGCUGAAAUCAGGAAGACCUGUCUGGUUCUUUUUAAACUGAAGGCCCGCGGGCCAAUCGUGGCCCUUAUUACCAUUUUAUCUGGCCCCAAAGAUCGUCUUUUAAAUGCUUUAGUGACUUGUCAGUCUUUGAUGGACUGAGUCCUUAUUUUGUUUAAAAAAAUAUGGCGCACGUAUGGAAGGUUCUCAACCCUGAAGCCAAGAAAAUAAAUCAGAACUUUUCAGUAAUCUUUGAUUUUGACACCGAGCAACAAA